GUAAUUUUCUCCGCGCGUGGUGCAGAUGUGGGCUUUUGCACGUCGAUGUCUUUUUGCGAGCAAAGGCCCUACAAAAACGUGCUGCCGGGUCUGGAAUCCUGCUCUCUCUGUGGCUGUCAGCGAAAGGAGACACAGGAUUGUGCCAAGUGGAGAUUUUUUCUUUCCUUUUCUCUUCCACCUCUGCAUCGACCCGGUGUUCUCUUGUUUGGAGGCCGUCUUCGUCUUCUCCUGAGCCGCGUUUGUGUCUUUUCUCUACCAUUUUGGUUCUUCCCCUGCGCAGUGUGGCAGGCAAAUCUACUACUUUACGAACCGCGUUUCUCGAGCGUCCCCUCCGUUCCCCCUCGUCUUAGUUCGCUUCCCGCCCCCGUGGAUCGGUCCCGCUUUAAUCUCCGAAUUCCCGAAAUUUCACUUGAUCCCUGCGACAGCAGCCUUUCCAGUGGGCGUUUUUGUCUCUUGGUCCGUUCUUUUCUUGCGUGGAAAAUGUCGUCUCUCUCUGUUGCAGCGGCGUCGCCGCUGGCGGCCGCGAAAUCCCAGUGGGAUGCCCGUCUUUCGGAGCCAAUCACCAGAAAGCCGCACGCGAUGCCUCACACCAUGUCGUACUAUGCCAAGUGCAUGCUCGGAGGUGUGCUGUCGUGUGGACUGACCCACACCGCCGUUACACCCCUUGAUGUGGUCAAAUGCAAGAUGCAAGUUUACCCCGACAAGUACAAGGGUCUGGUCUCUGGCAUGCGCACGGUCGUGGCGGAGGAAGGAGCCGCUGGACUCCGCCUCGGCUGGACACCUACGCUCCUCGGAUACAGCAUGCAGGGACUCUUCAAGUUCGGACUGUAUGAGUACUUCAAGGAUACGUACGGCAACCUGAUGGGAGAGGAAUUCACUGCCAAAAACAAGGGCGUCGUGUGGCUCGCCGCCUCCGCGUCGGCUGAAUUCUUCGCCGAUGUCGCUCUCUGCCCAAUGGAAAUGGUCAAAGUCAAGAUGCAGACAAGCCCCGCAGGAACCUGGCCGACUUCCUUCUCCCCGGCUCUCACAAAGAUGAGUGAAAUGAAGAAGGAAACAAAAUUCCCGUUCGGAAGUGUCGUGCCUUUGUGGAGCCGCCAAAUCCCGUACACCAUGGCGAAGUUCUACUUCUUUGAGAAGGUUGUCCAGCUCUUCUACGAUAACAUCUUUACGAAGCCGAAGGAUUCGUACAGCAAAACUACUCAGCUUGGAAUUACCUUCGCCUCGGGCUAUCUCGCUGGUGUCAUCUGCGCCGUCGUGUCUCACCCCGCUGACACUCUCGUGUCCGUCAUGAGCAAGGCAGGAAACAAGGGAAAGAGCUUUGGCACCAUGAUCAACGAAAUGGGCUACAAGAACCUGUUCACAAAGGGUCUUGGAACUCGUGUCCUCAUGAUCGGUACACUCACCGGUCUGCAGUGGUGGAUCUACGACAGCUUUAAGACAUUCAUGGGCAUGGGAACGACCGGCGGUGGCUCAGCAAAGAAAUAAGUUUAGACGCCGAACGAGGUCGCGCGCUCCGGAAGAGACAGUGCAGUGGCGGCAUGUCAUUGUGCCAUACAACGUGGAAGACAGGUUUCUGCACCUGCCCCACCAUCCGCUCUUGUCGAUGGUCGCUGUGUGCUGUUGUUUCACGCCGCAUCAACUGAAACCCAUGGGGAACCUACGGUUGCAAGUGGUUUGAAACGAAGUUGGUUUUCGGGUUGAUGGAAUGAUUUUGGUCCCUAUUACAGACUACCGCUUUUUUCGAGAGCAUUUGGGCUACUGAUAACCCAUCUGGAUUGUCUCCGUAAUGGCAAAUCAAACCGUCUCAGACUGUCAGUGACUCCGUUGUGUUAUUCUUUGAUUCGGCGUUGGUGGUGGUCGCUGCCAAGUGCGCCGUUCACUCCAGUGUCACGUCGCUUGGUCGCAACGUUUCCUGAAAAAAACACAAGGUACUUCGAGCGGGUUUUGGAGUUAACGAGCCACACGACGUCAAAGUUGCUUUUGGAUCCACUGUAGCAGAGUGUGGUGGAGUUUGUAGGCGCGUCAUGCAGCCCUCCUGUCUUUUGACGAAACUGGUAGUUCAGCAUUAGGGAAGACGUUUGUCAUGAGCAACGACUAGGACAUUUAUGCGUACGAACCCGCUUUCGCAUGGUGACUCAGUGUAUCGAAUAUGUCAUAAAGCGGGACCAAGAGUCCGGCAGAAAAUACCUCGGUUUUUCUUCGCAUCACGCGCAAAAAAAGCGUGAAUCGCCGAGGUUCAUGUGAACAAAAGUGCGGCUGUUCGCGAAGACAUUUGCGCUAAACAGGUGGCAGUGCGCGACUCUGUCCUUCACGGCUGCCGAAGGUUGACUUAACCGUCUCCAAGGCGACUGUGAAAGUGGUGUCUAGUCAGGGAGAAAUGAUGCUGCGCAUCGGAACCUUUCCAGGCUGAGUCGUUGCCGGAUACUCUUGUUUUGCUUUUUGUAUUUAUGCAGUGUUAGAAUGUGAAUGCGGCAACUGUAUGUCUCUUGUCGGGUGACGGUCAGUAAUUAUUGUGGAUAUGCAG